GAGCCAGCGAUGGGCGGCGGUACCACGAGUGGUCGUCAGGUGGCGCUAUCUGCCCAUUUCCUGUAUGUGAUUGCUGUGUCGUAACAGAACCCAGCAGCAGAGGGCGCCAGGUGAUGAAAAGUUAUUGUUACAAAAUAGCGGCCACGCGAGGGCGCCAGACUCUUUGAAAAACGCCGUACAGAACUGAGCCUGCCGGGCCGCCGUUGUUAGGUGCGCAUGCCGCAUGUGAGCCACGGUCUGAGCUGAGAGAGAAGUGGCGGCUCCGAGGGGAAGAUGAAGAGCAGAUAUAGCACCAUCGACCUCCGGGCUGUCAUCGCCGAGCUCAGUGACAGCCUGCUGGGUAUGAGAGUGUACAAUGUAUACGAUGUGGAUAACAAGACCUACCUCAUCCGCCUGCAGAAGCCGGACUCUAAAGCCGUGCUCCUCCUGGAGUCCGGGAUCCGGAUCCACACCACCGAGUUCGAGUGGCCCAAGAACAUGAUGCCGUCCGGGUUCGCCAUGAAGUGCAGGAAACAUCUACGAUCCCGGAGACUGGUCAGCGUCCGGCAGCUCGGGGUGGACAGGAUCGUGGACUUACAGUUCGGUUCAGACGACGCUGCCUAUCAUCUCAUUGUCGAGCUGUAUGACCGGGGAAACAUCGUCCUCACCGACCACGAGUAUCUCAUCCUAAACAUCCUGCGGUUCCGCACAGAUGAGGCCGACGAUGUGAAGUUUGCAGUUCGAGAACAUUACCCGGUGGAUAUCGCCAAAGCCCGGGAGCCUCUGCUCACUAUGGAGAGAUUAAAAGAAAUUUUAGAAAACGCUCCAACGGGAGAUCAGCUGAAGAGGAUCCUGAACCCACAUCUACCGUAUGGCGCCACGGUCAUCGAGCAUUGCCUCCUCGAGGCCGGAUUGUCCAGCAACGUGAAGGUGGAGCAGCUGAGCGGGGGCACAGAUUUGGAAAAGGUGCAUUCAGCUCUGAAGAUGGCCGAGGGAUACAUGGACAUGACGCUGGAUUUUAAGGGAAAGGGCUACAUUAUCCAGAAACGAGAGAAGAAGCCGAGCCUGGACCCGGAGAAACCUUCGGAAGACAUUCUCACGUAUGAAGAAUUUCACCCGUUUCUCUUCAGGCAGCACGAGAAGUGCCCGUAUGUGGAGUUUGAGACUUUUGAUAAGGCUGUUGAUGAAUUUUACUCCAAGCUGGAAGGUCAGAAGAUUGAUUUGAAAGCCCUCCAUCAGGAGAAACAAGCCUUGAAGAAACUGGAAAAUGUCCGUAAGGAUCAUGAGCAGAGGCUGGAAUCUCUGCACGUGGCUCAGGACAUUGACAAAGCCAAAGGAGAGCUCAUCGAAACGAACCUGGACAUCGUGGAUCGCGCGGUGCAAGUCGUGCGUAGCGCCUUGGCCAAUCAGAUUGACUGGACAGAGAUUGGGGUCAUUGUGAAGGAGGCGCAGGGUGACCCGGUGGCCCUCGCCAUCAAAGAGCUCAAACUGCAGACGAAUCAUAUCACCAUGCUGCUGAAGAACCCGUACACACUGUCCGAAGAAGAGGAGGAAGAAGAGAAGCAGGAAACCGAUGAACCAAAAGGAAAGAAGAAAAAGGGCAAAAACAAACAGCAGCUGAAGAAAACCCAGAAGAACAAACCCGCGCUGGUGGAUGUGGACCUCAGCCUGUCUGCGUACGCCAACGCCAAAAAGUAUUAUGACCAUAAGCGACAUGCGGCCAAGAAAACGCAGAAAACCGUGGAAGCAGCAGAAAAGGCAUUCAAGUCGGCAGAGAAGAAAACCAAACAGACCCUGAAGGAGGUGCAGACCGUCAGCUCUAUCCAGAAAGCCAGGAAGGUGUACUGGUUUGAGAAAUUUCUGUGGUUUAUAAGCUCUGAAAAUUACCUGGUCAUAGCCGGACGAGACCAGCAACAGAACGAAAUGAUUGUGAAGAAAUACCUGCGGCCCGGUCAGCAUCUGCCAGUAUUGUAUAUAAUGUGUAUAUAUACAGUGCGAGUCCUGCCGAAAACUGAUAAAGAUGGCCUAUUCUGAAGUAUGGGGCAUCCU